UAAAAAAAUAAAAUACCCGGCCGCCGGCCGCCUCCCCGGAGAAGCCUCCGCAGCUAGGGUUUACCGUCCCCGCUUCCGCCGUCCCGCGCCUUCUCCCUCUUCCAAAGUCGCCGGAGCACAUGGCCGGCACCGAAGGGUCGACGACGGAGGGGGCGGAGAAGGACCUGGAGUUCUCGCGCGGCGGCGAGGGGCCCAGCUUCGAGUUCGCGUUCAACUCGCAGAACUUCUCCGACAGGUUGCUGCGGAUAGAGGUCGUCGCCGGCGAAGACUUCGCCGGACGAUUCCUCCCUGACUCGGCGCGCCACUGCAAGGAGAAAGUUUUACGAGUAAAGACGAUUCAUAUCAACUCAGCGAUUCUUGCUGUGAGGAGUCCUUUCUUUCUCAAGCUUUUCUCGAAUGGCAUGAAAGAAUCUGAUCAGACACAUCCAACACUUAGGAUUGCUGAUUCAGAUGAAAAUGCCCUUAUGGAGCUUUUAAACUUUAUAUACAGUGGAAAACUCACCACAGCUGAGCCCUCUCUUCUGCUUGACAUCUUGAUGGCUGCGGACAAAUUUGAAGUCGUUUCUUGCAUGAGGCAUUGCUGUCAGUUGCUCACAAGUUUGCCUUGGACCACAGAAUCUGCACUGCUGUGCCUAGAUCACCCAUGCACCAUGUCAAUGGCAGCUGAAGUUCAACUUUUGAUAAGUGCAGCCAAGGAUUUCCUUGUCAAUAAAUACAAGGAUUACAAUAAGCUUGGUUUCUCUUAUUUCAGUCUCCGGAAGGAAGUGACAAACAUUUCUCUUGCUGGGAUCAAAGCCAUACUUUCAAGUACUGACAUACAUGUGGAAUGUGAAGAUUACUUAUUCUUGCUCUUGCUCAAUUGGGCCCGUGUUCGAUACCCUGAUUUGGAGGAAAGACGUGAGAUCUUGAAUUCUCAUUUACUUCCACUCCUGCGCUUCAGCCAUAUGACCUAUAAGACACUUCAGGAGAUCUUAGCAUGCACUGCUAACGACAUAGACCAUGAGCAAGUGACUAAGUGUAUCAAUGGGGUGCUUCUGUGCAAAGCUUAUCCAGCACACAAACCAGGUGCUCUUGCAGCAUGUGCACCCUCCUGUCAGCAAUUUGCAGAGCGAGAUUACAAGUACAGACAUCUGAAAGUGGUUGCGUUUGAUCAACCCUGCCCGCAGGUUAUAGCUUACAUGGAUUUGAAGCAUGAGGAAUGCUCCCAACUCUUCCCGUCAGGAAAGAUAUUCUCACACCCGUUCCAUGUCGCAGGUCAGGGCUUCAUUCUUGGGGCAAGAUGUUGCAAGGCCGAUCAGGGGGAGUCUUACAGUUUUGGCCUCUUGUUAUAUAUCGAUUUGGAGCUGAAGGGCUCAACGUGUGUGACGGUGGAUUAUGAGUUUGCCGCAAGGACAAGGCCAUCGCGGCAGUUUGUAAGCAAGUUAAAUGGUAGACACACAUUUAGUGACAAGUUUCCAGUUGGAUCGAGGUAUCUCUUUUGGGUUCCAUGGCAGACCUUCAUGGCUGACGAUAGCAUCUUCAUCGACGGCGUGCUGCACCUGAGAGUUGAUCUGACGGUGGUGGAGCAGACGGAACUGCAAACGUGAUAUCUUCUUACUCAGCAAAGUUAGGUGUUUGUUAUGGCUUGCUUGUGAUCCUCGCCUGAUCCUGCGCGCCGGGAUGAUCUGGGAGGUCCCGCCAAAAAGAGGGCGAGAAGAUCAUGGCGCAGAUUGUUUAUGCAUUGGCCACUGCCUUCCAGAUGUGUUGCUUCUUGAUGGCCCUGUUCUUGUCACACCCAGGAUAUUGCUUGUUGGUACCUUCCGUUGUCUGGUGCGUUUUGCUCCUCUGUCCCUGACACCGACAGUUGUAGGGUAGCAGUAGCUGGGAGCGUUUUCGUAGUCUGUUUCCUGUUUCUGUUGGUUUUGAAGGAUGAGGUUUAAAUACCUAGCGCUUCCUAUCAAUAGAAAUAUGUAUAUAUGCGCUCUAAUUUUGGUUCUUUGCUUAGAGGUACUCUGUGCUUGUCUGUAUUAACAUGGAAAUAAAGCUUUUCCAUUGAGAAGAAA